AUGGUUAUACGUGCCAAAAAGAAAUCAGGGAGCAUUAGUUCCAUGCUGAACGACGAUUUGCUUUUCCUAAUCCUUAACAAAAUCAAGAACAAACGAGAUAGAAUUGCGUACAAACGAGAUAGAGAAUCGUUCUCGCUGGUCUGCAAGCAGUGGUUAAGAGUGGAACGUCUGAACCGAACAUCACUUUGGGUUCGCCAAUCCGUACCCCCGGGUCUAAUGACUAGAUUCCCAAACUUAGUUUAUUUCAGAACACGUGAGCUUACCACGCGAAAGAAAAAGAGAAAUAAAAGAGCAUGGAAGUAUCAGCAGACCGAUACCCACCUCGAGGUCAUAGCCAAAACCUGUCACGAACUCGAGACCUUCAUGGUAAGCUGUGAGAAGCAUGAUCUACAAAAUGAUGGUCAUUUGGGGCCAAAAGGUCUACAAGCAUUGGGAAAUGGGUGUCCCAAAUUAUCCAGACUUAUGUUUUGUGGGAGCAAGGUGGUAGGGAAUGCUGGAGUUGAUGCGCUUUUUCACUCGGCACAUAACUUGAAGUCUUUGUAUCUGAGUUUUAAUGAUCUAAUAUCUGACCCAGCACUUAGAGCAAUUGGAUCAUCUUCCAUUAGCGCCUUGGAAUUGGUAUUUUGUGAUAAAAUUACUGAUGUAGGAUUAGGGUUUUUGGCAAAUGGUUCUACCUCAAAAACCAUCAAGAAAUUGGUCCUUGUGGGGUGCCCUCUUAUCACUGAUAUUGGAGGUGUGGCAAUUUCUGCAAUUCAAACCCUCAAGGUAUUGAGAUUGAAUGAUGUGGACGUGUCAGACCAUACCAUGGUCGCUCUUGCCAAGAAUUGCAGCAAAAUAGAAAUACUUGAUUUAGAGUAUUGUGAAAGGGUAACCGGAGCUGGCAUUCGUGCAUUUUCAAGUCAUAAGUGCUUGAAGCUCCUUGCAUUGUUUGGUUUAAGCGGCUUGUAUCAAUCUGAUAUGGAAUGCAUAGCGCUUGGAUGCCCGUCAUUGGAGUCUGUUGUUACAGACAACUUGUUAACUAGGGGUUUUGAAUUGAUGCAAGAGAACACUAGAAGAGUGGUUAAAUUCAAAAGCUCCUAUAAUCUUCCUCUUCCCCGUUUCAGCACCACCUCGUGGUAUUGA